CACACAUAGCCAGCGUUAUACUGAAGGCAGGGGUGCAUUUUCAUUAAACAAUGGAGAAACUUGUCAAUGAGCAAACGAGUAAGGGCAAUUGAGUAUAUUUUAACAUAGGUGCGUACCACUGGAUCUUCCUAUUCUAGACUGGAGCGAACGCGUGCGUCGGCGUGUACACACACAUGUGGUUUAUAUAUAUGAUGAUGACAUGUGAGGCUGUUGGAGAUUUGAUAUGACACCUACCCAUUUAGACUGGCGGUCACACAGAUUACGUUCUCGUCAGCUCUGAUCCACAGCAGACAUUAGAAAUGGAUAGGUGUACAGCACGUCAACAAUAGGUGUAUCAAACACGGCGAUUUAACAUGAUCCGUACACGAGUCCUUACGGAUGAUGAUAGCGACAAAACAGCAUGUCACUGAAGACAUUGUGUAAGAAAUAUUGAAUACGCGGGAAAGUGACGAGUCUGCUUUCUGUUGGAGUGUUGUAUUAAAGACACAUGUGUUUACAAUGAAGCCGUUUAACGCUCUUGCAUGUUUUAAUGUAAUGUGAAUUAGCAAGGUAAGCGAUUUAAACAACAACAGAAGGAAGAUAUAUUAUAUUGGAUUGCGUACAUAUCAACUCAACAUCAACGGCGUUCGAAUCAUCGUUGAAAUAAUGUGAAAAUGAUAAGCUGGAGCGAACAAAUGAUCGUGUUUCGUGCCAUAUAAAAAAAUGAAAUGUUACUUGUACAAUGACUAUAUAACUCUGCAGAUCGUGGCUCAAAGCUAUUUGUCAAAAAUCUACACUUAGACCUUUUUCUCGUAAAUUUAUGGUAAACAGUUUGAGUAAUGCUUCAGAGGAAAAUGAAGAUGAAGAGUUGCAGUAAACUUCAUGGAUUUAAGUCGUUAUACUCGAGUGUGUUUUCAGUGCUGUUGAUGGUCAUAGUGGUUGGAAAUUUAUACAUCAUGCCGAGAGCAGUGCGCAGUUUAUGUACGUUCCCAUUGAACUGUCGACCAAAACACGAGUUCACGUCCCCUAGCAACUGCUCAACAGAAAGUGGGACGGAUCAUGUUACUAGUGUUACCAUGUUCACAACUUUUCCGUUUGUAAAAAAUAAAUUCGAUAUUAAUCUGAACACAUUACGAAAUUGGAAGCAUAUGUAUAAUUCCCCGAAAUUAAUUCUAUUUACCGACGAUCAAAAGGUGGCGUCGGCAGGGAUCAACUCUGAUUGGCCAGUUCAAAACAUUACAACUGAGGCCGUGACGGAAGCACCUGCAUUAAGCACACUCUUUCUGGAAUCUGUAAAAGGAUCUGAUACGUAUUUGUAUAUGUAUGCCAACGCGGAUAUAUUGUUUGACAGGUAUCUCAUCGAAAUAUUAUCAAUUGUUGAGGUGUUUCUAAAAUCGAAUAAUUUGCAUAAAAAACCAGUUUUAAUAGUUGGUCAACGAACGAAUAUCAAUAUUUUAUCAAUAGAUAGCAAGGGACCGGAAGCUUGGAAAACAAUACUGCGAGAGUCCUAUACGAUCUAUACACGGUUCCAGAAAAACGCGAUAGAUUAUUUUAUAACAAACAGUUUCUUUCCUUGGAGUGAAGUGCCCAAGUUGGUGAUUGGAAGAGUUGGUUAUGACAACUGGAUAAUUGCAUAUGCUCGCUUUAGGGGGUUCGUGACGAUUGACGCUUCAUCCGUCAUUUCCGCCAUCCACCAGACUAACAGUAAGGGAAACUUUGAGGGGUUCCAAAACGGGAACUGGGAUUUCAACAGAGAAUUGAUCAAGAAAACUGGCCCCCCUUUUAACUACGCUAUAUGGGGACAGACAAAUUGUUGUACAUAUCACGUGAUUUAUGACGAUUGUAGUCGCGUGCAGGUUUUAAAACGCCCGGAUGUGCCCGUGUAUUGUGAUAGACUCCAUUUGAGUUCUUCUAUUACACAUUCGUUAUUUGGAACUGAUGUGUAUUACAUGGGGUAUAAGCAAGGAUCAUAAGUUUUCAGUGAUAUUAUAAGACUCUUUCAUGUUCAGGGGUGUAGUAUAGGGUAGUUCCACCCGAGGGUUUUGCCAAAUUUGAAAAACCCGAGGGUGGAAUUUCCUUAUCCUACACCCUUGAGCAUGAAAGAGUAUUUUCUCUCAUUCCAACUACCAGAAUAAUCUCAGAAACCAUAAAAAUGCGUGUGGACUGGUUACCAUUUUGAAAAUAUUAAAUUUUCCCCUGAACUUUUUUGACGAAAACGAACUCUUCAGCAAAAUUUAUCAUAUCCAAUAGGUUGCGCAGAAAAAAAUAAUAUCAUCUUUCUAAUGUGUUCGGUAAAAAUAUCGUUAAAGGUUUUAAUUCCAUCACAUUGCCUUUUCCGCAUUGCGGCAUCGGUGUUUUCUAAAUUUGUGACGACACGUCAUUGUUGAGCCAUUGUGACGUCACGUCACGUGAAAUGGGGUGUAAGAUAGAAAUACUAGACCGAGAUAUCC